AUGAAUCAAAACCUGAUGAACAAUCACAAUAUUCCACAGGAAGGCUACAGUCCAGGACAGAACCAUGGCUACAAUUACAGAGCCAAUCAGCUUCAUAUUGAUGUUGGUAACAAUGGGCAGGUAGGUCGAUUUUUUGUUUUUUUUUUGGAUUUUAGAAAAUAUACGAAUUUGUUGUGGGAUUCAUGAAGUCGAUUUUUUGUUUUUGGGUUUGUAAAGAAAGUUCUUGCGUUUUUAUAUUAUAAUAGACGCUUUUUCUAUUCUGCAGUCUGCGGGUGACAGGUUAUACAAUGAAAAGCGUUUUUACUAUUGUAACGAAAAUUCUUGCUAUUUUAUGUUUUGUAAGAAAGUUUUUGCAAUUUUUUGUUUUGUAAAGAAAGUUCUUGCAAUAUAUUGUUUUGUAAAGAAAGUUUUUGCCAUUUUUUGAUUUUUAAAGAAAGUUCUUGCCAUUUUUUUGAUUUGUAAAGAAAGUUCUUGCUAUUCCUUGACAUGGAAAGAAAGUUCUUGCGUAUUUUAUCAAUAUUGUCUAUUUUAUGGUUCUGCAGGCUGCGGAUGACAAAUUAUACGAAUAAAAACAUUUUUCAUUAUUGUAAAGAAAGUUCUUGCUAUUUUAUGAAAUUUUAAAAUAUUUAUGACAUCACAUAUCCUUUAACCUAUAAUUUUAAAACUUUUUUCAAAAUUUCAGGGUAACUUUAUCUCACCCGACCCUUCAGCUCAACCUUCAUAUUACCCUACCAACAGUGGUCCUCGAUCCGAUAGCUAUGCUCAUAUUAAUGACGAACUGUGUGUACCACAACAGAAGAAGUCCUGUUCAGUAUCACCGUCGAACUACUUCAACCAUCAAUACCCGAGCUAUCAUAAUAUGGACAGUAAUCGACAAGAUACGAUGGGACGACAGGACUCUAUGGGACGCCAGGAUACCAUGAGUAAUAUACGAUCUGAAGGUCUAAGACAAGAUACAAUAAGAUACGACACUUUUAAUGAACAACCAUGGCGCAAAAGCUCGUUAGCUCCGAAUAUGAGACUGAACUCGUCACAUUCACCGAGCUCAGGUGGCUACAUGAACUAUGGUCAGGUGAAGAAGAGCACCAACUUCAACUACAAUCAAUAUGAUCAACCGGUGGUGAGGAAGACCAGCUUUGCUCUGUUUGAUGACAAAAAGGAGAAUCGGAAGGACAGUCUGGUAGGUUUUGACAGUUUGUGACUUAUGUUACUUGGACAUUUUUCAUCGUAUAACAUGUCACGUUUUUAAAAAAUUUUAGUUUUGUAAGGAGGGGGAGAGGGGUAAAAAUGUAAAAUUUGAAUAUCUUAGGGCUUUAAAUCUUCAUAUAAUGUUAAAAUUGACAUUUUUUGAUUUAUCUUGCUUGGGCAUGUUUCAUCGUAUAACAUGUCACUUUUUUUAAAAAUUUUAGCUUUUUGGAAAGGGGCGGUGGUAAGAAAAUACUUAUUUUGAAUAAGGUAGGGUGUUAAAUGUGCAUAAUACAUCGAACUUGACAGUUUUUGAUUUGUGUCACCCGGACAUGUUUCAUCAUAUAACAUGUCACUUUUUUUGAAGGUCUUGCUUUGUAAGGAGAGGGAGAGGGGUAAAAAGUAUUAAAUUAAGAUCAACUAGUUGUAUAAAGACCCAAAGACUUUAAAAUUGGCAUUGUUUGAUUUAUUUUGCUUAGACAUGUUUCAUCGUAUAAAAUGUCACUUUUUUAAAAAUUUUAGCUUUUGGAAAAGAGUGGAGAAGUAAAAAUUGUAAAGCUUGAAUACGGUAGUGUUCUAAAUGUUCACAUGACAUCGAAAUUGACAUUUUUUGAUGUACGUUACUUGGACAUGUUUCGUCGUAUAAUAUGUGACUUUUCUCAUUUUUUGAAAAUUAAGAAAACCAGUCAAUUGUCAUUGUAUAAGUCAUAAAACUUGUUUAAUAUUGCCUUUUUAAGCUAAACCAAUCUUAUUUUAACCGCUUUUUUCAGUUCCCAGCCAAGUCCUACACCAACCUCACCAAGCCGGACAAGACCCGUUCCCAAUCGCUGAGUGCGGCUGAGUUCCUGAAGCGAGAAGGCAAUGCCAAACCAUUGGUGAAGCAAAACCAAUCCCUCUGGCAACAUGCCUCGAAACUUCGCUCAGCCAAAAACUCGAUUGUUGGUGCAGCACCCACCAAACAUCAACUGGGACUAACAUAUACACCACCCCCAAUGUUGAUGCCAAAAAGAAGCGGUACUGGGCUGUAUUGGAGCAUUAGGAAGAAUUGUGAGUUUUACUUUUUGAAGGGGGUGUUUUUAUGGAUUUUGAGGAUUUUUUAA